AUGGCCCACAGUGAGGCAUUCGUCCAGGACCGCUUGCGGCAGCUCAUGCCAGGCCUCUUAGUAUACACUAAAGGCAGGCACUACCAAGACUGUCUCGAGCUAUACAACCGUGCGCUGAACAAGCAACCACUGGUCUGCGCCCGGCCACGCACAGAAGAAGAGGUCUCACGCCUCGUUCAAUUCUGCACCGAAGAAACGAUUCCCUUUGCCGUCCGAUCAGGUGGCCAUGACUUCUUCGGCCGCUCUUCAGUUCACGAGGGCAUUCUCAUUGACAUGCGCGCAAUGGACAUGAUCAGCGUCCAGCCGGACCGAGCCAGCGCACGCGUUGGUGGCGGAGUAAUUGCCGGCCACCUGCAGGAAACCCUUGAUUCCUACGGCUUAUUCACCCCUACUGGGCAGGCAAAAUCCGUGGGGUAUGUCUCGUGGGCAUGUGGUGGAGGGUACGGCUUCUAUGUCGGAAUGUAUGGAUUUGGGGUUGACCAGAUCCUCGGGGCUCGGGUGGUUUUAGCUGGGGGCCGCGUCAUUGAUACCGACGAAGAUCCUGAAUUGCUGUGGGCACUUCGCGGUGCUGGGGCCGGCACAUUUGGCAUUGUCACGGAGCUCCGCGUGAAGAUCUACCCGGUGCCUAAACUAUAUGCUGGCUUCCUAGCCUUCCCCCUGGCCGAGGCUGCAACUGUCCUUGGCAGGAUUGAGAAACUGUUGGGAGAUAAGUUUCCUGACGAGUUUAGCGGAGAUGCCAUUGCCGUUAAUCCCGAAAUGACUCCAAUACCGGUGGUCGAGCCCUGUUUUGUUUUCUUUUGGUGUUGGACUUCGGCCAAUGGAAGUCUUGCGUCUGCGAAAAGCUUUCUUGAGCAGAUGACGCAGGCCGGCAGGGUCCUAGGGAACACGGUCACAGAGUCUACACCAGCCGCCUACGGCCUGGGUGAUUCGUCGUCAGGAACCUUCUUCCGCAGUCGAAAUGUUGACCGUAUAGGUCAGACGGUGGGCAGUAUUCUCUCACAGCACCCUCUACCGCAUCCACUGUCCGCCGUCAUCUUUCACAACAACCAUGGCAAGGCGGUUCGACAUGAAAUCGCGGAUACUGUCGGCGCGUGCUUCCCAAAUAGAUACAAACAUGUCAUUCUCGGACUCCAUGGGGGCACCACUCUAGGCGAGGCUGAUGAACAGGAGGUUGCGGAUGCAACCGGAUGGGUUAUGGGGUUGGAGGAAGCGCUUGAUCAAAGUGGUCUUUCCUUGCCAGGAGGGUUCCCUGCAUUUUGGCCCCCUGACCAGGUUAAUGUGGAACGAUUCUUUGGGGAGCAGAGGGCUUCAAGACUGCGGCAAUUGAAGGCGCGACUGGAUCCGAGUAAUCUAUUUCACCACGGGCUGCCCCGUCUGAAUGCAGGCUGA